GCUGAGGCAAUCAGCGCCCACGCUGUUCUCUCCAGAUGCGCGUGACACAUUAACAGCCUUUUAUAGGACCGGGGUUAUUAUUUUAAAUCGCUCGAUGUCUUGGGUUAAAGCCGCUUCUCAUAGCGAAGAUGUGUUCGACGAGAACGCGGACGACCUCACGCUGCAGAGCAAAGAGUGGACCUCCAACAUGAAGAAGCGGGUCAAGGACGGGUACGUAGACGGAGUGGAGGCCGGGGAGGAGGCCUCGCUUCAGGCCGGGUUCAACCGGGGCUUCCGGGAAGGAGCCGCUCAGACUGUCGCUGUGGGCCGACUCAAAGGGAUCGUGAGUGCCGUAUGGUGCUGGUGCCAGGCCCAACAGCCGGAAAGCCCCCUCCCGGCCUCGGUGACCGACCUCCUGCGGCGUGUUUCACGGCACGAAGACGCAAUCGUGGAGAGCAUCAGGAUGGAUUUGGAGAACCCGCCUCCCAGCGUGAGCUCCGUCUCCGAGAGCAUGGAGGAGCUGGAGGUGGAGCGGGCCGAUUCAGGCUGCGGAAGAGAGGGAUGUAAAGAAAUGGACUGCUGCAAGAAGGAAGAAGACAUGGACGUUCCUCGGCAGCAGCAAAAGCUCCGUUGUGGGUCCACUGACUGCUCGAGUGAAGGCCUGAACGACCUCCUGAAGCGCUGCGUGGAUCUGGUGUCGGAGCUCCAACUCCCGGAGGAGCUGAUCGGUCACAUACAGGAGCUGAAGGACUCGUAGUGGUUUCAGAACCACGGCGGACGUGAACGAGCACAUGAACUGUGAAACUUAACGGGUUUUCAGUGUGAACUCUUUACAAUGAAGUGCUUUUGAUGUAUAUAAUGUAAAAUAGAUUUUGGCAAAACUUUGGAAGACGAAUGUUUACAAAUAAAAAUCCACCGCAUCCCUGUUCUGUUGUGUUGCCCAACACACAUAUUCAUAUUACUUUUUAUUUAUUAUAUAAACAUAUAUUUUUGUACUGUAGAACUGCUGUUCAUUUUUUCUAAUAUCCUGUGUAGGCCCUUUGCUUCCUUUGAAAUUGUUUUUUUUUUUUUUUUUUUUUUACUUAUAAAAUAUUUGAUAUUAUCAGAUUUGCAUAAUUGAACAAGCAAACUCCCUGAUGACGUUCAGUGGAAUACUUCACCCUCCUCACUGUGUAUUAUUACCUUUUGAGUUUUUGAAGAAAACGUUAACACGUCGUGACCUCUCUUAGGAGACAAGUGUGUACCAUUUCAAA